CAGACACACAUCAUUCUUUCCAACGUCUCACUUGGCUCACUUCACUCAUUAAUCUCCUCAUCUCACUCACUAAAAGGAGUGCCUCUCGUUGCCUGCCUCACUAUUCAAGUGAACCACACUCAACCGCAUUCCUUCUCACACACUUGCAAGAUGGAUCCCACGGAAAACGACGUGGAAGUCUCUGAUGACGACCUCAUGGCUCAGAUGGGCUUCUCAUCCUUCGGCGCUGCAUCACCACCUUCCAAGCGCCGUCGCUACAAUCCAAAUGCCGAUGCUCUGCUGCCAUCCAAGUCAUCAGCAACCGGCGCAAACUCUACAGCUCUAGGAACCGGCUCAAACAAGGAUGAGAUCUCACUGGAUGACGACGAUAACGAAGGAGAUGCCAAUCCAGAACAGAAAGUGUCAGCGCAAGCGCGCCCGGCUAGCCUACCCCAGAGACCUGCUCCGGCGCAAGCCACACCUCAAGGCCAGCACCCAGGCGCACAUGGGGCCAGGGGUAACAAGUUCACCGGGUACUACGACCGCCUGUCCAACGAGAACCCCUGGGAAAAGAUCGAGAAGGCCCGGGGCUUGACGACGAGGGGAACGUGGAUCAUCCCAAAUGCUGGGAACGCUGCGACCACAGGUGAUGCUCCUGCCUGAAGCAUUGACACCAACGGACAACUGCCAAUGUACACGUAUUGUACGACCUGGACGUUGUUAAAAGGAAAGCCUCGUCAGCAUAGACCACACCGGGAAGCGCUCGAUGCAGUGCUGCAUGGUUAUGGCUCAUACUGUGGCCAGAGGCAGAUUUUGAUAUCAAAUAUCGUGUCACGUGUCACGUCAUGUGACAUAUGCGACAGGGGUCUUAACAACCUCCGAGUACCAUUAUGACGGGACUUCAACUCACUACGCCAAUAUGCCUCAUAUCACAUGCCUGUCCUUACUCAGACUGGCCCGCCGAUGGUCUGGAGGGGCGUGGGGAGCAGGUCAAUCACAUCUACGGGGGGGUUAUCACAUCAAUUAGUCCCAGGACUAUGCCUUCAGUGAAAGAGGGGAAACGAGAUAUUGCUUGCUAUGAGACUCCAUACUCCAGUCGAGAUAUCCACAAAGAAAACCGUCUUACAGGUCCUGGCUCCUCCCAAGAUGGUCUCGUCAGUUCUCCAGGCUCGCCGCGUUACCCAAUGGAGCGAUCUCAACGUCGCUGCCACCCCUGAUUGGGGCAAGCGUCUUAAAUACACUGCUUUGCGAGUCUGCUACUUUUCUCCAUCCUGUCAUCUUCUCGCUCCAAUGCUUUCCAAGGUUUCUCACUCAGUACACCCCCCUCGGCAAAUGCCACGAGCAGAACGUCCUUGCAGCCCUCGGCUGCUCCCGCGUCACCCAUACCCUGAGAGGUUUCCAAGCACGUCUUCCAUGCAGUAAUCGGUUCCGACACAUCAUGUCUUGCUGCAAACCCGCUGACGCUAUCCCUGGCACCCCACAGAAGCUGGGGAGGAGGUGUACUUUUAACAAACACCCCUAGAUCGUUCAGUUCAUCCAAUCAUAAGCCAUAAGUCGUGAAAAAGCCGCCCAUCUUCGCCCUCUUCGCGUGUUUUCCCCCACACCUGCCCCAGAAGCCACGAGGCUGGUGUUCCUGGCUAGGAAGUGCCCGCACACCUGCCCUGUCGUUCUGCGUAAAAGCAGCAAGACACUGCGCGCCAGGCGGCUCAAUUGCCGCGCUUAAUGCCCCUGAUUUCAACGUCACCUCACGCUCCCCUUGCAUGAACUACUCGUUCAUGCAGGUCGUGGUGAGGGUGGCAUGACAAGCGUAUGAUACUCGCUAAAUACAAAAAACAAUUAAUCUGGAAAUCCGGGAAUCUGAUAUCGUGUGUUCCUGCAUUUUGCAGUGAAACUAUUUGCGCAAGUAGGAAAUUUUGGUGAAUCGCAUGUGGCCGAAAGUUGCUCGCUAAGUAAAUUUUUGGUCGAAAAAGUUCAAGAUGCCGCUCCAACGAAAAACCCAAAGAAUCAUCUAGUUCUCAGGGGAUGGAAAUCGUGCGCGGGCCUUGCUGUACUCUUUGCCAUGCUUGCGAGAAGCUUUGGUCUUCAGCGAGCUACGAUACUCGGUUAGUCUCAAUUCACUCCUCUUUGACUCUGCGAUUUGAGCCGCGCAUGAAAAACUGCAGUUGCGUUUGACAUACGGCGAAAAAAACUCGCAAAGUUUGUUCGACUUACCCAACUUUCUUUUGUGUCCAUUCAAGAUCGCUGCGCACCUCAUGGGCGUCUCGCAUACCCUCCUGGAAGCGCUCACGAGUCUUCGCAAGACGAGCCUGAGCCUUCUUCUGAAGCUCCAUAAGCUCGCGGUGUUUGGCAUUCAUUUUACCAGAUCUACCCACAAAAUCGAGUCAGUAUACAUCUUGACCAAAUGAAAGUAUGAAAGCUUGCCUUUUAAAGGCAAGCUUGUGUAACCUUUGCAAAUAUCGGCGAACAAAGAUAGUCUGCUUGUGUUUGUGGGAAUCGGAUUGGAGAUCCACUUACGUCUGAGCUUGCACAGCCAUACUGCGGUCAAGGGGGAUUGGGUCAAAAGAGUUGGCAAAGCGGUCUUGCAUGUACUCCUGGAAGUCAACACCGCUAGCAGAGCGAGUGCUUUCAUAUUCGCCGUACCCGCCAGAAUAUUGGUACCCGGAUGAGGUAGCCGAGUAUCCACCAUUGCUGUAGGAGGGGAUGCCCGAGGCGGAGCUAACCGAGUCAUCACAUUCCGGAGGCGAGACGGAAUACUGGCUGUAGGUGGGGUAUUGGGAGCCCUUGGAGGGAACGGGAAGAGGCAUGGAGUAGCCCGCAGGAGUGUAGUGAGAAGACAUGAUGAUUAUUUGACAGAGAAGAAGAUGUGUUUAUGCCAAUUGAAUAUUUUGACAAGUG